AUGCAGCAACAACAACAACAACAAAAUGAGAUCGGAAAAAACGGAGAUCUCUCUUCUCUCGGAACGGAUUUUGAAAUGUGUUUGACACGUUUACUCACCUCUCUCUCUCUCUCUCUCUCUCUCUCUAAACAACAGACCGGCAUCCAAAAGCUGAAAAAUUUGUUAGACAACCCGUCCUCGAAGAACAACGAGAACAACGGAGAGAACAACGGGAAUGUGGUCGAAGAAAUCAACGCGCAAGAGUUUAUGAUUCAUUACACGACGUGUUACGACAUGUGCACGCAAAAACCGCCGCACGACUACUCGGAAGCGCUGUAUAAAAAAUACAAGGAAGUGUUCGAGGAGUACAUCGACAGCGUGUGCAUACCGGCGCUGAAAUCGAGGUCCGGGGAGUUUUUACUGAGAGAGUUGGACUUGAGGUGGAAAAAUCACGACAUCAUGGUUCGAUGGAUGUCGCGCUUCUUCAACUAUUUGGAUCGGUAUUACAUCGCCAGACACUCGUACGCGAGUUUAAAAGACGUCGGGAUGACGUGCUUUCGGGACAGAGUGUACAAAACGUUAGCCGGGGCGAUGAAAGACGCGACGUUGACGUUGAUCGAUAAGGAGAGAGAAGGCGAACAAAUCGACCGCGCGUUGGUGAAAUCCAUCGUGUCUAUUUUCGUCCAAAUGGGUUCGGAUCCGAAUAGCGAGCCGUUGCAAGCGUACGAGUUGGAUUUUGAGACGCCGAUGUUAAACGUCACCGCGGCGCAUUACAAGAGACAAGCCGCAGUUUGGAUAGAAGAAGAGUCGUGCCCGAACUAUUUGGUUUUAGCGGAAGGGUGUUUGGACAUGGAAAAAGAUCGAGUGCAGCAUUAUUUGCACCCGUCGACGGAGCCGAAACUCAUGUCGAAAAUCGAGCACGAAAUUUUAGCCGAACACGAAACGAAGCUUCUGGAGAAGGAAGGCAGCGGCGUUUCGUGGUUGUUAAACAACGACCGAAAAGAGGAUUUGGCGAGAUUGUUUCGCUUGUUCACGCGCAUUCCAAACGGCGUCGAUCCGAUCGCCAAGGCGUUCAAAGAUCACGUCACGGAGCGAGGCUUGGAACUCGUCGAGAUGGCGACGCAAAGCAUCAACGAGGAAGGCACGGUAAGCGGGAAGCAACAAGCGUUGCCGUCUACGGUCGAACAGUCGUUCGUUCAAGACAUCAUCAAGUGUCACGACAAGUACAUCGCGUUCGUUUCCGAGUGUUUCAACGACGACGUGGUUUUCCAACGCGCGUUCAAAGACGCGUUUGAACGCUUCUGCAACAAGAGCAUCGGCGAAGUGACCAUCGCGGAGUUACUCGCGAACUUUUGCCAUUCGGUUUUGAAGAAAGGUGGGAAAGAAAAGUUAACGGACGAAGUCAUCGAAGAUCACUUGGAGAAAAUCGUCAAGCUUCUCGCGUACAUCUCGGACAAGGACUUGUUCGCCGAAAUCGCCAAACAAAAACUCGCCACGCGUUUGUUGCAAGAUCAAUCGGCGAGCGAAGAUUUGGAAAGAUCUCUCUUAUCGAAACUGAAACAAUGCAACGGCGCGCAGUUUACGAUGAAGAUGGAAUCCAUGGUGAGCGAUAUUCAAAUGGCGAAAGAAAACAACCCGAAAUACGUGGAGUGGUUGAAAGAAAAAAGCGCGAAGAACAACGAGCCGAUGCCGAAAACGGACAUGAAUGUCACCAUCUUAGCAGACGGGUCUUGGCCGACGUACACGGUGAUGGCGAUGACGUUACCGGAAGAGUUGACGGAGUGCGUGAAAAAGUACGAAGAGUUUUACGAGAACACGUACGCAUCUAGGAAGUUGACGUGGAUUUUCGGCGCCGGUUCGGGCGUCACGUUGAACAUCAAGUUCGCGCAAAAGCCAAUCGAAAUUUCCUGUUCGACGUUGCAAGCGUCCAUCUUGUUGCUCUUUCGAGAGUUUGAUUCGUUGAAAGUGGAGGAAAUUUGCGAGAAAAUGGGCGUCGGGAUUGAUGAUUUACGCGAGGAACUCCCGGCAAUUAUGUUCUCCAAGUUUAAGCUUUUAAAGCACCAGCCGGCGAACCCGGACGAAAAGAAACGCACCAUCAACGCUUUGGACGUCAUCACUUUUAACGACGACUUCACGGACAAGGCGAGAAAAAUUAAAAUUCCGAAAAUGAGUAAAGUCGAUCGUAAAAAAGUGAACGAAAUCGUCGACCAAGACAGAGACCAAACGAUUUUAGCCGCGGUUGUCCGCGUGAUGAAGUCGAGAAAGACGAUGAAACACGGAGAUAUACAGCUGGAAGUGGUCAACUCGUUGAAGAAAUUGUUCUUGCCCGAAGUGAAGAAAGUGAAGAAAAUGAUUGAAAAAGCCAUCGAUCAAGAGUACAUCGAAAGAGAUCCGGACGAUAAAAUGAAGUUCAGGUACUUGGCGUAA